AGAUUAGAGUUUGAUAUCAUUUGCAUUGAGGACUCGGUUUGCAAUAAGAGUCCAGUGGUUCACGUGGAGCACAGACUGGGCCUCGAGAGUUGGUGUGUCCGACAUCUCUAUCACUAUACUUACCACAAAUUCUUGGACUCCAGAAUCGCUAACAACAGAAUCGGUGAUGACAGUAUCAAUGAGUGGACGCGAGCCUUACUAUUAAUUAACGGCGAUCUGAGCACCGCGUGGAGCGCCAGAAAAGAGUUGAUAGAAAAGGGUUACCUAAAAGUGUCGUCUGAACUCAAAUUUUCUGAAGUCAUUUUGACGCGAAAGCCUAAAUCGGGAGACAAUUUCUCGCACCGUGAAUGGCUUCUCAAAUAUCUAAUGAAAUCCGAGACCAUUUCGGAUGAGUUGAUAACAAAUGAAUUACGAGUGACUUUAGAGGCCGCGAGUCGUUAUAAUCGCAAUUAUCACUCUUGGAGUCAUCGCAUUUGGAUUAUUAAGACUCUAUUCAAUAAUUCCUAUGAAAAACUCAACUGUGAUUUAGUGAUAACUAAGUGUUGGUUAGAAACCCAUGUUUCUGACUAUAGUUGCUAUCAAUUCCGACAAUUCCUGUUUACAUAUAUUCACAAGAACUUCAUCCCAACGAUUGACGACAAUUCCGAUUCCGUUUCAAACCAA